AUGUCGAGACGCGUCGGGGCGCAGGCUGCCAGCGCACCGAAGCAAGCGCAAUCCCCGCGGGGAUGUCGCUCGGCGCAAACCAGCCGGUAUUCCACCGCAACGUCGCCGUCUAGCAAGCCGCUGCAGUUGUACACGGCCCCGACCCCUAACGGCCGGAAGGUCUCGCUCCUGCUUGAGGAAAUGAAGGAACAGUACGGUCUGAAAUAUGACGUGCAUCCUAUAGACAUCAGGAAAGACACGCAAAAGGAGCCAUGGUUCAUCAAGAUGAACCCGAACGGCCGCAUCCCGGUCCUGGUAGACAGCAACCGAGAGAACUUCACAGUCUUCGAGAGCGCAGCGAUCCUCCUCUACCUCGAGCAGCACUACGAUUCCCAGCUCAAGUUCUCAUUCGACCCGCGCACGCGGCCUGACGAGUACAGCGAGAUGCUGCAGUGGAUAUUCUUCUCACACGGUGGCAUCGGACCGAUGCAGGGCCAAGCCAAUCACUUCCUCAGGGCCGCGCCCGAAGACAUACCCUAUGCCAAAAAGCGUUAUUUGACGGAGACGAAGCGGCUGUACGGCGUGCUCGACAUCCGUCUCCGCGGGCGCGACUGGCUCGCGGGCACCGGCCGCGGGGCGUACAGCAUCGCAGAUAUCAACGCGUUUCCCUGGGUCGAAUCGCACGGCUUUACUGGGAUCGAGAGCAUGGACGAGUGGCCCCACGUCAAGGCAUGGCUCGAGCGUACGGCCGAGCGUCCUGCGGUCAAGUCCGGGAUGCAGGUGCCCUAG